AAGACUAUUUAGAAACCUAGAGAGUCUUCUUGGGACUACAAAACCGGCCCUAUGACGCACUAUGACGUAUGUACAUACGCCGUAUUUCCGUAUGGAUACAUACAUUUGUAUGUAUUGUACUUAUAAUAACAAUGUAUACAAAUGUAUGAGCAUUAUAUAAAAUGAAUAAAAUACAAUUAAAAUAUAAGCUCAUAAAUUGAUAUUUACCUAUGUGUACCUAUGUAAUAAUAAUAUCUUGAAUUGUUGGAUUUUAUAAACUACAUUUUACAAAAAUGAUACCAAGUGAAUACAAGUGAUUUCUAUCGUUUGAAGCAUGAGCUAUUGAUAAUAUUAUAUUAGCUUUGCUGCAUUUUUUAACAGAAUAAAAAUUGGAGCAGAAUAGAGCAGACGACAACUCUUGUUUGUUAAAGCUGUACUCCUGCUACUACUGUCAAAGGUGUUAUCAAUAAAACAUCAAUAACAAGAGAAAAACAACCAAGUAAAAAAAUGUCGGACUCGGAGAGUGACUUUUCGGGGAACGAAAGUUCUGAUCGAGCUCAACCAAUAAGUGAUUCUGAAGACAAUCGUUCUGUUAAAUCCAAUAGAUCACGUUCAAAAUCAAGAUCACGUUCAAAGUCACAUUCAAAAUCACGUAGUCGUUCAAGAUCAAGAUCAUUAUCUGACGGUGGCAAAGAUGAUGAAGCCGAAGAAGGUGAAGAAGAAGAACCUGAACCAGAAGAUGAGCCUGAGGGUGAAGAUCUUCAUGAUAGUGAAGAAGACGAAGACGAUGAAGAAGAUAAUCGCCCACGUAAAAGAAAAAAGAAAGAUCGUUUUUGUGGAUUUAUUGAUGAUGAAGCUGAAGUUGAUGAUGAUGUUGAAGAUGACGAAGAAUGGGAAGAUGGUGCACAAGAAUUAAGUGUAGUUGGUAAUGAUGUUGAUGAACAGGGACCAACUGCCCGAGAUAUUGAAGGCCGUCGAAGAAUGACACAUUUGUUGGGUGAUGACAAUGUAGAAAAUCUUGCUGAAUAUUAUACAAACAAGUAUCGUGAUGAAUCAGCUGCAGCAAGACAUUUUGGUGAUGGUGGUGAAGAAAUGUCUGAUGAAAUAACACAACAAACUCUUCUUCCUGGUGUAAAGGAUCCAAAUUUAUGGAUGGUCAAGUGUCGUAUUGGUGAAGAAAAAGCAACAGCUCUUUUGUUAAUGAGAAAAUUUAUAACUUAUCAAUUUUCACCUGAGCCAAUACAAAUUAAAUCAGUUAUUGCACCAGAAUCAGCCAAAGGAUAUAUAUACAUUGAGGCAUACAAACAGCCUCAUGUUAAAGCUGCUAUUGACAAUGUUGGAAAUUUGAGAAUGGGAAUAUGGAAACAACAAAUGGUACCAAUCAAAGAAAUGACGGAUGUACUGAAAGUUGUCAAGGAACAAUCAGGAUUAAAACCAAAACAAUGGGUUAGAUUGAAGCGAGGUAUUUACAAAGAUGAUAUUGCUCAAGUUGCUUAUAUUGAAAUGGCUCAGAAUCUUGUUUGUCUUAAAUUAUUACCAAGAAUUGAUUACACAAGACCAAGAGGUGCAUUACGAACAGCUCAAAGUGAAUCAGAGGCAUUAAAAAGAAAAAAAAAACGUCGACCACCUCAAAAGCCUUUUGAUCCUGAAGCAAUUCGUGCUAUUGGUGGUGAAAUGACAUCUGACGGUGAUUAUCAAAUAUUCGAAGGUAAUCGUUAUUCAGGUAAAGGAUUUCUUUUGAAAAAUUUCAAUAUAAGUGCUAUUGUUAUUGAUGGAAUUAAGCCAACUUUAUCGGAGCUAGAGAAAUUUGAAGAAUCACCAGAAGGUAUUGAUCUUCAGCUUGGAUCAAUGGGUCCUUCAGCAGGAAAAGAAGAUGGUGCAGUUACACAUUCAUUUAGUAAUGGUGAUAAUGUUGAAGUUUGUGAGGGAGAAUUGAUGAAUUUACAAGGUAAAAUUGUAUCUAUCGAUGGAAAUAUGAUUAUGGUAAUGCCAAAACAUGAAGAAUUAAAAGAUGCAUUGGAAUUUCAAGCAAAUGAAUUGCGUAAAUAUUUUACAAUGGGUGAUCACGUUAAAGUUGUAGCAGGAAGAUAUGAAGGUGAUACUGGUUUAAUUGUUCGUGUUGAACAAAAUCGUGUUGUUUUAUUUUCUGAUUUAUCAAUGCAUGAAUUGGAAGUACUUCCACGUGAUCUUCAGCUUUGCUCAGAUAUGGCGACUGGUGUUGAUAGUUUUGGUCAAUUUCAAUGGGGUGAUUUGGUUCAAUUGGAUGCACAAACUGUUGGUGUUAUUGUACGUUUAGAAAGAGAAAAUUUUCAUGUAUUAUCAAUGCAUGGAAAAGUAGUUGAAGCAAGACAUCAGGGUCUUACUAAAAGACGAGAAAAUCGUAAUGCUGUUGCACUGGAUCAUCAACAAAAUACAAUACAAAAAAAAGAUAUUGUUAAAGUUGUUGAUGGUCCACAUGCAGGUAGAGAAGGUGAAAUAAAACAUUUGUAUCGUAGUUUUGCAUUUUUACAUUCACGUAUGUAUGUAGAUAAUGGUGGUAUAUUUGUUUGUAAAACACGACACUUACAGUUAGCUGGUGGUACAAAAGCCACAACUUCAGUUUCACCAAUAUCUGGUUUUAUGUCACCACGAAUAGCAUCACCAAUGCAUCCCAGUGGUGGAGGUGGAGGUGGAUUUGGUGGUCGUGGUGGUGGCGGUGGUGGUGGUCGUGGUAGAGGACGAGGUAGUGGUGCAAGAAGAGAUCGUGAUCUCAUUGGUGUAACAAUAAAAAUUACUGGUGGUCCUUACAAAGGAAAUGUUGGUAUUGUCAAAGAUGCUACGGAAACUACUGCUCGAGUUGAGCUUCAUUCUACUUGUCAAACAAUAUCAGUUGAUCGUUCUCAUAUUGCAAGUGUUGGAGUACCAACGAAAGACGGUGGAUUCAGCUCUUACUCAAAAACACCAGCAUAUACAACUGGUGGACAAACACCAAUGUAUGGACGCGAUGGAUCUAAGACUCCAAUGCAUGGUUCUCAAACACCAAUGUAUGAAAAUGGUUCAAGAACACCUCAUUAUGGUUCAAUGACACCAAGCCAUGAUGGAUCACGAACACCUGGUCAAUCAGGUGCAUGGGAUCCUACAGUCACUAAUACACCAGCUAGAAACAAUGAUUUUGAUGCUUAUUCAAUAGACGAAGGCAACUCACCCGGUUAUGCACCAGGUUAUCCAUCAACUGGUGGUCCAUUUACACCACAAACUCCUGGAACAAUGUACGGCUCUGAGCAGAGUUAUUCUCCUUAUCAGCCAAGUCCAAGUCCUGCAGCUUCUGUUACAGCAAGUCCAAGUCCAGCUGGUUAUGUUGCUACACCCAGUCCAAGUGGCACAGCAUACACAACAAGUCCACAUGGUGCAUUUAGUACAAUGUCUCCAAUUGGUUACAGUCCAAUGACUCCGGGUAUUGCUGGUAGUCCAUAUAAUCCACAAACACCUGGAUCAGGUUUGGAUACUGGAAUUGGUGGUAUGAUUGGCAACACCGAAUGGCACACAGUUGAUAUUGAAGUUAGAAUUCGUGACUCUAAUGAUCCAGCACUUGCCAAACAACAGGGAAUCAUUCGUGGUAUUUCUGGUGGUAUGUGCGCAGUAUUUCUACCAGCUGAAGAUAGAACUGUAAAUCUUGUUUGUGAACAACUUGAACCAGUUGCUCCAAAUCAUGGUGAUCGUGUUAAAGUUAUUAUUGGAGAAGAACGUGAAGCAGUUGGUACACUUUUAUCAAUCGACAAUCAAGAAGGUGUCGUUAAACUUAAUACUGGUGAAGUUAAAAUGUUACAGUUGAAAUAUCUUUGCAAAAUGAAAACUCCAGCGUAAUAAUAUUAAAUAUUUUAUCCGAAUUGAACAUAAUUAAUAUAUGUAUGUAUGUACUAUUUUUUACAAAUAGCGUAUAUCAUACAUAAAAAAAAGCUGAUGAAAUUAGAUAAAUUUAAAUUUAUCUAACGAAAAUAUGUUUGACUAGAUUAACGACGAUUUUUUAAUUAGUUUUUUUUUUUUUUUUUUUUAAAUAAUUAUACAUACUAUUUACACAUUUUAUUGACAAUUGUCCUGCUAGAUUAAACAAUUAUUUUUUAUUUUUUUUUUUAAUUUAUAACUUUUAGCUGUUAGCUGACAAAGACGAAUUGUAAUUAGAAAAUAGUUUUGGUUAAUCAUGAAGAAUUUCGACAUCAUGUUGGUUUGUCGACAUGACAUCACAUUAAUG